UUCCCACACGAGUAUGUUAGAAUAUUUUAGGAAUGAAUUAUUGGGAUCAACGUUGCUGGCAUCUUGUUGUAUAUCCGUGAUCAUUGCUUGUCUCUGCUCUACUGCCAUGUCGAAAGCAAUAUCUGGUCGUGAAUUGAAGUUCAGGUCGACACCACCAAGAAAUCUAUAUCCAGAUAAAUCUAUUCGAAAAAAAACAGCUACGAGGUAGCGAAUUCCACAUGAAUAAAUAUCUUUGCAGUCAACAGACUGUAAACCUUCGAAAGAGAGAUCAAUACCAACACCAAUUUUGGUAACGAUAAGUUACUAGAUUCGUUCCAGUCUUUUAAUGAUAUUUACGAUUUCGGAUUAAGGUGUUUGUUGUCGUUGUUCAAGAAAUAUUUUAUAGCUUAGUCACAACUUAACAAUUAACUUGAAGAAUGGAAUGGCCACGUCUUACCAGCGGUUGCCGACGUAUUACCGUGCAUUGAUGUUUGAAAGCUCUGUAGUAACUGUUUGAGAUAAGUUUUUGAAUAAAUUGAAUCUAUUUCUAGACCCAGAAAAAUUCUCGUUUGCUCGCUUUCCUACCUUUCACUCAGACGCCUUCGAAUUAAAGCAAUGUUCAUUUUUUGCCUCGAUGCCAAGGGGUGAAUGUUUAUCGCUAUGGACCAAGACGAAAAGUAUGGUGACGCACAGGCCGGACCAACUAACAACGUAUUUGUUUUUAACAAAUAAAGAGCUCAACGUUUGCCUAUAAUUUUCCGAGACAUCGUCCAUUCAGCGAGCCAUUGUUAAAUAAGAAAGACACAUCAAUAUUUCUGCGGCUUAGAAACUUUUCGAUGAAUAAAGAAUGGUCAAUGCUUUGUCAAAUAACGCUAACCACACCGUGAUUCAUAACUUUUUUGCAGUCCGUGACGAGCAUGAGUUAAGCCUUUUGUGGCUUGCGACAUUUUGGUAAUGUGAUAGGAUUUACAUAUUUAUCCCGGGGAAAGGAAAGUCGGCUGCUUAAUCAUAUGGCGAACCACGACCUCUCGUCCGGUUACUUGUCAAUAUCGCGGGAGAUUAGUUAGCCAGUUAUUUGUUUCGUAUGCACGGACUUGAGGAAGCCGUAACCGACCUGCGGUUACGUGUACCACCCUACGGCUGUGAGGAAUCCAACAAUCCUCUCGCACAUAGCUACCGUGUUUCCCCGAAAAUGAGACCUAGCCUGAAUUUUAAAAUAGAUUUCAAUAUAAGCCCUACCCUUAAAAUAUGACCUAGUCAAUAAUGCGAAAUCUCUCCUACACGUUUUAAAUGAUUGAUAAUAAAUGCUUUACAGUUACCGUAUUUUGAAUAAAAACGUGUUAUUUAUACGUGAAGGGAUAUCUGUAUUCAUAUUCUGUAUAUUUGAAAAUCUCGUAAUUCACUACUAGUCUUCUUUGUAAUUUUUUUUUGAUAAAUAAAAAUAUAAGACACCCCCCGAAAACAAGCCCUAGUGUUAUUUUUCGGAAGAAAACUGAAAUAAGACUCAGUCUUAUUUUCGGGGAAGUUCGGCACUCAGUGUCGAACUUCCAUAAUCAACCUUUCUUAUUUAAUGGAGGAAUUCGUGCCAUACCAAUUCACAUCCCAUUUUGCUCUUUCAAAUAUACCAACGCUGAUAUAUUUGUGUCAAUGCCUUUAUUAGGAUGCUUCGCAGCAUCGCGCUUAAUUUCACUGUUGCUGGAAACAAUAUGCCCAUUAUCAAAGAAAAAGUAUUUACGUUGCUUUACUCGGGAACGACAUCACAGUGGAAUAUGCCAAGUGACCUACAGCGUAUCGACUGCCAUUUUGUCGUCGUACUUGUAUUGUGACGUCAUAGUAUACAUUGCCGUUUUAAUGAAAAGCGUAAAAACAAAAAUUUCAGUAUUAUCGUAACCGGUAUCUUUCAAGGUUCCCGGUCAUAAUAUGGAUCAAUUGAUCAAUGUUACCUCAAAGCGAUUUAAAAUUGACAGAACAAGAUCGGAGAAGAUUUCUUUCUUCUUGUAUGCUACGAACCUGUUUGCCUGCAUUCUGUUUGGAUGCAUCUUACUGGUUUGGGUGAUUCUUGCUCAUCUCGCAGAGUCUGGCGUGUUUGAUCGCGGAGAAUUCUCCGGAAUAAUCAAGCGUGCGGAUAUCUUUGUGUAUCUGCCCAGCGCUGGUACAAGUUUCGGCGACGUUUCGUGGAUUUUCCUUGUCGUUUUCGCACUUAUCUUGGAAACACUUUUGGUCAUCGGACUGUAUGGGGCAAUUUGCGUUCAUCGUCGAAGAAGCAUCAUCGAUGAUUUUCCUGAUAAAGAGCCGAAAGCAUCAGUUUGCUUUAUCUAUAUUUUGAGAAUUUCCAUAGUAAUAUGCCUUGCUCUAGGCGGGAUGUCAUUCGUUGUAGAUUCACCAAUAAGAAGUCACAUGUCAUCUCUGAUGGAGUCCGCAAUAUCCGGAUACGGAAUUGUGGAAUCAACAAAUCAAAACAUCAUAGAUGUUUAUCAGAACACAUUUCAAUGCUGCGGCCGUGAGUCACGCAGGGAUUGGAUUCAGAUCGACGACGAUACGGGUAUCGUCCUGGAUUGGACACCACAAUCCUGUUGCAUCGAUAGAUCAGAUUGUUCUUUAUCUUCUGAGAACAUUUUUACUGACGUUUCAACAAUUGCUAUUUUCGGGACUACAACGAGUCCUGUCGCAGAUACUUCGGUCCCGUUUGUAGUAGAAAAUAGUGAAUUAUUCGAUUUCAAUGAAACUUUUGACAGAGGAUGCGAUGAGGCCAUCCAGUCAUGGCUAACUAUCCAUGGCUUAUUGCUAUUUACCAUUGCUUCCGUUCUAUUUCUGCUUCAUACAUCUUGGAUGAUUUGGCGUAGAAACACUCGACUGUCGUAUUUUUUUUGUGGAUGCUGUGGAGCAUCGAGAAGAAAUCGAGUAAAACCAAUUUGUCUCAAAGUAAACGAAAGUUCAACGGAUUCAAAUACGAGUUCAGUGUUUUUAGAAAAUGGAAUCAUGAACGCUAUAAGUAGCAAUUCGAGCAUAAAACUUAUCAACGCGCCCAGUUUGGAGAAUAAUCAUGUGAUUGUGAAAAUGCCGGAAUUGCCUUCAGUAUCACAAGUACAUCUCGUCAGUAGGAUAAUGACUCCAAUAGACGAUCCUCUUCCGCCGAUUUUCAGUACCAAAAAGGAAGAAACUAAAAGCAGGCCGAAAACUGCAAGAGGAAGACCAAAAGCAAAACUCAGUCGGUCCUCGGGAAACGUGUCUCUCAAAAAUUACUUUGAAAACGGCGGUGCAAACUUACGUGAUGAGACCAGGCCAAGGCCUCCUACACCCGCUAUGAUACCUCCACGGGCAAUGAGGACACAUGGCAAUAUUGACAUCGAGCAGCCAUUUACUUUUACAGUCCCCGAAUUGGAUUUCCCCAAACCCGUUUAUAGCAAAAACGCCUGCUGGGCAACGCCAGUGAAAUCAGGAGUUACAAAAUCCAAGCGACAGAACGUUGAUGACAAUCUCUCCAUUGUCAGCCUUGAGAGUUUUGAUGAAUGCUGAUUGAGCAUCGGGCCUCGUUAUCCUGUGUGCCUAUCAAUGCAGGGCACAACUCCGUACUUCGACCCAGGAGUGAGGAUUCUUUAUAUUUCUAUAGGGAACGUUUAUUUUUUGAAAAAUA